AUGGCAGAAAAGUACCAGCAGCAAGCGCAAGGGUACCCCCUAGCACCAGCCUCAAUAGUACCAAGAAGUGAUGAAGAAUACGGCAACAAUUACCAAUCCGCCGAGCAAAUCAAGAAGAAGAAGCGUAUGAAAUGCUUCGCCUACAUUGCCGCCUUCGCCGUCUUCCAAACCAUAAUCAUCCUCGUCUUCGCCCUCACCGUUAUGCGUGUCAAGAGCCCCAAGGUCCGGCUAGGGGACGUGGCCGUGACCAACGAUGGGAACGGGAACGUUAGGUUCACCGCACGUGUUUUGAUCAAGAACACCAACUUUGGACGUUACAACUACGAUGGUAGCAUAGCUACCAUCAGGGCAGGGGACAACGUCGUCGGGCAGUUCGUGAUCCCUGACUCACGGGCCAGGGCACGGUCUACUAAGAAGAUUUAUGUCAUCGCGGAUUUGACUAAUGUUUCGGGUACAAAUUCGGGACCGUUGGCUUUGAGCGUCGACACGGCCAUGAGGGGUAAGGUGGAGUUGAUGAAGGUGAUCAAGAGGAAGAAGUCGGCUGAGAUGAAUUGUAGCAUGACUGUUAACUUGUCUACAAAUGCUGUGCAGGAGUUGAGGUGCAAGUGA